ACCUGUGCCGAUGGAUGCGAUCCUGAACUGCAAGCCGGAGGACCUGGAGGAUUACUACAACUUGCUGGGAUGCGAUGAACUAUCGACGCUGUUAUAUUAACUGGAAUUGUGUUUCUGAUUUGGAAAAGGAGUUUUGAUUACUCUGCUGUAAUGAGGGAUGUAGUCAGUGGAGAUAAAAGCUGUCUGUCUUUUGCUCAGUAAAUUUAAUCAGUAAAUUUGCUCUCACCUGUCCUAGUGGUGAAGUAUAAAGAUCGGGAGUAAACAUCUUCAGUGUGUCCCGGAGGGAAAUGUAAAGCUUUUCCCGAGGGCACUCCCAGAAGAGAUCCCAGCAGAGGGCAGUGCUCAGGGCUCCACGCAGCCUUGUUUCACAGAUGCUUUUUCUCACUUUCUACCUCACGCUAAUUCCUUAAGGGCUUAGCAAUUAAUGAACAAUUCAAGUGCAUGCAAUAAUAAUUCCUCAAGUUGCUUGAAAAUGAAAUGUAAAAGCUGGAAUAAAUGCUAAUGGGUCCUGAAAAACAAGCUCUCGAGUACUGUUUGUUGGGAGAAGCAGCAGAUGUUGCUGCACUGCUUUUGACACGGGAGGAAGAACUUGGAGAUCCCAGGCUGAGUGAGCUCCAGGAUCACCUCCCUUCAGGAGCCUGCACAGCCCUUCGGGGAUUUUGCAGUCUCACGACCUUGUCCAGGAGUGGAGCAUUUGGCACAGCAUGCACAGCACACUCCCAGCUGCAGCAUUUUCAUCAUGAGCUGCUGAAUAUCCCGCUCUUGGUUGGACCUGGUUAAAUUUAAGCAGAAAUACUCUCAGUUUCUACAGACUUUUUGCUAUAUUCAAGUAAACACAGACCAAGUUCAUUCGUGGCUUCUGGUAGAAUUGAGCUCACAGACACCUACUUCAUCUUCAGAUGUGACAGGAAGAGGGGAGAUUUAAUCUCCAUCCUUCUUCAAGAACAAUGCUGGUUUUGUAUAGUGGGUAUUGGAUGUCUUUCUGGGUGAAACACCUCAUUAUAUAUUUUAUAUUAAUUUUGUGUAUGUUCUAUAAACUUCCUAUCAAGUUUUCUUUCUACUGAUGUUUUUUUAAGCUGAAAACUUCCAUGCUGCCCUUCUGCUAAAUUUUAACCCUCUGUACACAUUUUAACUUUAAAGUUCCCCUUUAAGUAACUAAGUGUUUGAGAUGAUAGCUGGCUAUACAGUAACCAGUCUCACCAAGUUCUCUGUACACUGUGUGUGUUUUAAAGUGUCUUACUGACUGCAGAUACACCACAUUACAUCUGUCCCUCUGGAAGGAGCUUCUGAGCAGAGUGAAAAGUGUAGAAUUCUUAAGACACUACCGUAGAUCACAUUUUUUCCCAGAAUAUGCCAACAAGAUUUGCCCAGCUAGUUGAGCGAACUGUAAUUUUAUUCUAAAUAAAAAAAUGCUAUGAGACUUAAUUUUGAAAUAAAUAAUUUAAAUUGUAUGUGGCUCUUAUGUUUGGAGAAAUGAUGAAUUUGUAUAAACAGCCUUUGUAGUUUGGGAAAGAAUGGUAAUUUUUGAUUCCUUAGGGUGAAUUGUGAAAGCUUAAGCUGAACUGGAGUGAUAUAAAGAAGUUUUGGCUUCUGAAUUAUAAGAACCAGCAAGAUACUUGGAAAAGCACUAAAUAUUUGAAAAUCUAAGCUGAUGCCCACUCCAGUGGCUUCAUGGCUCCACAUGUGUUAGUUUUUCCAGUGGUUGUAAUACUUUAUGGUAUAACAAACGGUGGAAUUUGCAAUUAACUGAUCAACUAAUACAUGCCAAUAUUCUCACAUUGAUUAUAAAUCUAUUCUACUCCAAGCCAACCUUUUUGCAAGGAAAAUUAACUUGAAGAAAGAAUAUGUACCACAGGUUAUGGAGUGAAUUAUCUUGUGGUGUCCAAGAUAAAAACCUCAUGGGGUGCUGGCUGAAUUUCCUGUGAAGAGGAUGUGGAGGAAGCCACCCAAAUACACAAAUUGAUCUUCAGCAAUGCAGAGAGCCUUUGCUUCCUGCUAUGAGACUCUGUUGAAAGCUGGAGUUGAUUAAACAAAGUACAGAGCAACUGAAGGGAUGCAUUUUGCCUCUGUGGUCAAAUGUCUUUGCACAUUUUUCUCGAGCCAUGCUGGCUGACUGAGCCUCACAAAAACAAGACUAAGGAUGAGUGCAUGGAAAUGAGAUGAAAUAAGCAGUGUCACUGGCAGAUGGUUGUUGAACAGAUUCUUGCUGAAUAUAAGAUUAAAGCCCUUGAAUGCCAUCCUGACAAGCAUCCUGGAAACCCAAAAGCAGUGGAGGAUUUCCAGCGGCUGCAGCAGGCCAAGGAGACGCUGACCAACGCGGAGCGGCGGGCGCGCUACGAUCACUGGCGCCGGAGCAGAGUCCCCGUCCCGUUCCGGCACUGGGAGGCGCUGAGCAGCUCCGUCAGGACGUCAAUGCACUGGGCUGUCCAAAGUAAGAAGGACCAAAUGCUGGAAGCUCCUGAUGACUUUGGUAAUACCAACAACAUAACUAACGAGAUGUGGGCCCAACAGACGGAAAGCAGUGGAGAGGGAUUGUUGGAAGGGAGCAGGGAACAAGAAGAUGUUGCAAUCCCUGAUGUGCAACCACAGUCUUCAAAGAAUCCAGACUCCCCAAGAUUUUCAGAGGGGAAUUACUGGCACUUGCGUUUCCGCUGGUCAGGCGAUGCUCCAUCAGACCUUCUGAGGAAAUUCAGAAACUAUGAGAUCUAAAAUGAGAAACACACAGGAGCAUGAGAUCAUCUGUUCAGCAUUCCCUUUGUAUUUUUUAACAGCAGUUAUAAGUUAUUUGUAUUUUGUAUUCUUUAUUGAAAUGUGUUGUUCUAGUCAAUGUCGAAAUACUGAUUUAUCACACAUGCUGUGAGCAUUACAGAUGGAGACUUUUCUGUUCCAUAACCUUUUCAGUAUUAAUAGAAAGUGAUGUUGUGAAGUUAUCUAACAUCUUGUACAUUGUUCCUUAUAUUCUCAAAUAUUGUGUAGUGAUUAAUAUUUCUUUCAAUAGUGUGAUGUUAUAGAAAACAUACUCUUAGUAGAACCCUGGGCUCCAGGGUAUCCUACUCAGAGAGGAUCUUCCGAAAGCUUUAUGACAAUGUGAACUAUAAACAGAGCUGUGCUUAUCUCUGUGCUCUGCUUCACUUCUCCAUUGCAUUGUACUCGCUGCAGUGAUUUAUAAUGUACUCAUUACAAACUUAACUUGUAGGAGAGUUGUGAUCUUAUGUUAUAGAUGAAAUAAGAAGGUUCUUGUUAUCCAAGGUCUCUGUGACAGAUCAAGCACUCCUAAAAAUCACUUGUCUUCUCUACCUUAACGAGAACACUUUUUGCAUCAGCAAUAUGUUAGUUUUGGAAGGCAGUUUCAGAACUUUACUUCUCCAGAUAGCAAUUUUUGUCUUAAGAGGUAUUAGUGGAAGACUGAUUCCCUGUGUAUAUGUGCCAACAUUGUCCUGUGGCUUCAGAGCAAUUCCCCUCCCUGCUCAGGUGUGCUAGACUUGGUUUUACCAGGGUUUUGUGCAGUGAGGAAUGAAACAUCAGACUAGUCAGCACUAAUGUGUACAAAAUCUCACAUGAAAGUUUUUUAUACUUUGGGCAACUUUUCAAAUUCUGCAUUGUUGUUUAUUUAUUUUGUGUUUGUUUUCUUCUUUGCAAACUUGGCUAAUAUGUCAGGUAUUGACAUUGUGGUUUUGUGCAGGCAGGUAAUUCCAUCAGCAGCAAAUAAAAUUUCAUGCAUACAGAAAA